AUGACCUAUCAAGAUGACGGUCCGUCUACAGCCGGGUCAGUGUAUCUCGGUACAAACAGUAAACUCAUUCUUGAUCUUGGAUCAAGACUAGAGGUUUCAGGUGACUUUUACAAUACACCAUUAUCGGUCGUUAAGCUAGGUGCUGCCGACUUGGUGAUCAAUGGCACGGCGAUGGUGUCAGGUCCCAUCUUUUCGUCUAGUUCCAAAUCAAAUGUUCAGCUUGGCGAGUAUGCUGUCAUCAAUGCUGCUGUACAUGUGACUGGUGACUUGACCCUGGCAACAACGACAUUUAUUCAAUCUGCCAAUGUCUCACUGUCAGGUCUGUUGACCCUUGGAGACGGUGUUUUCACACUGGGUACCUAUGGUCGCAUCGUCGUCACUGGCAACAUCUAUUCUCCCCCCUCGUCAUCCAUCGUCAUCAAAGCAUACGGUGCACUUGUCCUCACCAGCGAAUACCACAUCAAUCUCAACUCUAUCACGUCCGAACCAUACGGUCUCCUAUACACCGGCUCAUCACCUCCCAGUACAUUCUCAAAUAUCUCUCUCUUGGAACUACAACCAUUUUUAAUCACCUGUUUCCUUUUUCAAUGGAAUCAUUUCAAUUUUAACAAUUGGUAA